AUGACAGGUGCAAUGGAGCCUUAUUUGAACAAAUUGAGACACUAUGCUGGAGAAGUUCCUUUGGUGACUUCCGAGUACGGUUCUUCGGAAGGCUGGAUUUCUUCCAACGUGAAUCCUAAAGUAGCUCCUGAAUUUGCUACUUAUGCAGUUCUUCCUCAAAUUGCAUACUUUGAAUUCAUUCCAAUCACACAACUUGAUGGAACUCAAGUAAAGCUCGAAGCAGUUGGUUUAACUGAUGUCAAGAUCGGCGAGGAGUAUGAGAUUGUUUUAACCAAUCCCGCAGGUUUAUACAGGUAUAGGCUAGGAGAUAUAGUUAAGGUUAUGGGAUUCCAUAAUUCGACUCCGGAAAUCAAGUACAUGCGCGGGAGUGGUCUUUUGCUUACGAUAACCACUGACAAGCAUAGCGAGAAUGAUUUACAAUUAUCAGUAGAAAAUGCAUCCAAGUUUUCAAACUCCAUUUCAUAA